UACUUUCUGCAGAGGAGCUCAGUGCGACACAACAACUUUCCCUUUACCGGCGGGAGCUGCACCAGGAAAACGAAAGUAGAUGAUUAUGGGAAUUCCCUUCUCAACAGCGGCUAUAAGAAAGUUGGCUGGCUCUCUGACGAACACACAUCGCAGUAGGACCCCGUCUGAGACCAACCAUUAAUGCUCAAAAUGUGGAAAUUUAGAGCGUGCAAAUCUUUGAGGAGCGAUAAAAAACCUUUAAUACGGAAUUCCAGCAAUGGCAAACAAGAAGGACACGACCAGGCAGAUGACAGGAACAACAACAACCCCUCGACCCAGAACACCUUCAACACCCACGAGGAACAACGCUUGCAGAGUGAAGUUCAGCUACUUCCUGAGAUCACACGUCACGAACUAGCUGAACUUCUCGGCGUGGCCACUGAUGACUCUGAGGAUGGAUCUUGUUUCUCAGGACAGCAGAACCUGGAGCAACUCAUGCAAAGAUCUGUGUCCCAGAACUUCCCAAAGCCACCAGCAGAUCUGAACCAGAACCUUCAGCAGCACCUGGUAAAUGUGCUGGAGGCUGUGCGCAAUGACCUGGUGAAGUUGGGCCCCCUGUUGCAAACUAUGGGCCAUAUGGAAUAUCUGAUUGAUUGCUACCAUCUUCAGGCAUUUGAUCACCUCAGUGAUCUUCUCCAGAGCGUCCACUCCUUCCAGAAUACCCUUGUGCUGAUGAAAUGGGUCCUACAUACAUAUCUGAGUUCGGAGCUGCUCCGUCAUCCUGAACUUCCAGUAAUGGAUCCGGUAAAAACCAUUGACCUCCUGCUGUACACAGAAUGGGUGGAAAAAGCAAAGAACAAACUGCUUGACAAUGCGCAGAAAGAGGUCAGGCGGUCCCUGGAGAAAAUCCUGCAGAUUGAGAGAAGCCAUGACUGUUGUGAUUGUGAGGAAGCUUACGUUGGGUUUUAUGUGGACAUUAUUCAGUGCAUUGAUGCCAUGCCCAAAGAAGCACAGAAAAUCAGCUCCAAACUGUCUGAUGACGUCCAAAAAGUUUGUUUCCAAGAGCUGCUGACGUUUCUGCAGAGGUACACCACUGAGCAGAAUGACAUUCUUGGAAAACAAGCAGAAAUGGACAAACCAGAAAUGAUACACUUCUUCAAGACUUUGACCACCUGUGAUGAACUCAAGAAGCACGUCCAGACCAAAAGUAAAAGCAUCACAAGAUCCCUUCUGCAGGAGACUGUGGAACAACUUGAAAAAAUGGAGGCUUUUACUUUGAAGUAUAUCAUAGAAAUCACAGCUGACAUUGCAGAGAGCCACCUUAAGAAUUACUUCAAAACACAGAACAAGGAAUUCUUCAUCUUGAUCCUCGGACUACAGAUGUAUUUCCCCAAGCUGCCGUGGCGUCAUUACGAGGAAGCACUGAAGAGGGUGAUGAUUGAGGCCUAUAAGCUCAUCGUUCACAUUUACCUCAAACAUCUGGUCCAGAGAAGCCAGAGAAAUCUGGUGAGGUGUUGGAGUCCUACUGUUGGGCAAACAAUCAUUGAAGAUGCUGUUAUCCUUCACAACACCAUCUUAGAAAUGGUCCCUGAUGUCCAGCAGUGGAACCUCAUGCUGCUGAAAACCCCAGAGCUGCUGGAGUGCAAAGGCAUCGAUGCGGUGAAGCUCACAGUUGCAGGCAUGCAGAAGGAGUGUCCCACAUGGAGAGAGGACCAGGAUCUCCUGCCUGCACUGCUGCGCUGGAAAGGUCUCUCUGGACGGGAGGUUAGGGAGGUGCUGGAUGUCCUUCCUGGGCAGGAGAUCAGACCCAGAUCUGGAUCCUGGUUCUCCUGUCUCACCUGCUGGUGAAGGCUGAGCUCCUCUACAGAAGAUCAACUGCAACAAGCAAAGAAGAGGAUGGAGCUGAUUGUCCAAAACAUUCAGUAACUUCCAGAGAACUUUUCAGAUCAGCUGAAUCCUGUAAAAACUCCAAUGAACUGCACUCACUGCUUUCAGUCCUCAGAUCUGAUCUAGAGAGUUAGAGGUUUUUAAUAAGCUUUGACACAAAAUGAGGUAGGUCUGUGUACAAUAGGCCGCUUAUGUUUGAGUUAGCCCAAGUGUUCAAAAGGAGAAGUUAACUGGAUUGUUUUAAAUCUUGUUUUUCAAAAUUCCUUGUUCUUAUGCAAAAAACGUGCUUACUUUACUGCAUCUAUCCUUGCUUCACAAAGGAUUGCUAGUACGCUGGUAUAGACAUUGGUACUGUAGGUUGUUUGUUUUUGUAAAACACAAAGCUUUAAAAGCAACUUUGUAAAAAGUAAAUGCACUUUGGUUUUCUUAGGUUUUUAAAGUUGUUUACAUUUGUAAAUUUUUCGUUAUGUAGGUGGAUUAUGGUUGAUGGAAAAUUGUUUUAUGUUUCAGGAUGUUUGCACACUGUUAACAGUAAAAUCUGGUUUUGUGCAAAAGACUCGUAGCUGAACUAACGUCUCACAUCCUGUAGUUUCUAAAUGGGAAGAUGUUUUUGUUGAGCUCUGAUAAUGAAAAGACAAGCACAAACAAUUUAACUGAAUUAAAGGGAAACGUGAACUGAGAUUAGAUAAAAUAUUUAUAGUUAUAUUUUCAUUCUUGAAUAAUUACCUAAAUAUAGGAGUUAUGUUUCCGUUGUUUACUGAAGGCACUAAAUAUAGCAACGUUGAAGAAUUUUAACUUGAGACGUAGAAACUCAAUUGCACUACAGAAGUGUUUCUUCAUUGUUAAAAGUUAUCAGAUGAAGAAUCUUUAUUAUGUUCUUAUUUAAUAUUUAUUGAGUUUUAAUGUAUUUUUUUAUAAGAAUGUUUGAAUCUUUAACAUACACUUUCCAGUAUUCACUACAAUCAGUCAUAUUCACAUAUCAGAGUUUUCUGUUCAAAGCAAAGAUCCUUCAGUUUUUAUUUACUUUACAAACACUUCUGAAUUAUACGACAGAUUCUGUUCAAACUUGACUGUUUUUACCUACUUCAGGAGAUGUGAUGUGUACUUUAUGAUCAUCAGGGUAUAUGGGUUUCUAAAUGUUUAACUUUUUAAUAAUAUAUUCCACCAAAACCACCAAAGGUACUUUUUGUAUGAGCUGUACUGUUUUGGUUUACUGGUUUUAAUUCCCUUUUUAAUCUCAGUACAAAGUUGAAUUUUCUGCAUUAAUGUAACAGUUUCUUUUCUUAGUGUUAUACACUGUAUUCUUCUAUGACUAUUUUGUUAAGAAGCUUGGGUUGCAGGGACACAAACAUCACUUUUCUUUUUCUGUCAGCAUAAAUAAAUUCAAUAAGAAAA